AUGUCUGAAACAAAACUCAAGCGAACAUUCAAAGAGCCUAGCACCACCGUCCUGGUAACUUCAACCAAUGUUUCCAACAAAAUAGAUCCUGAUAAUGAGGUUGCAAAUAAUUCAAGCAGUAGCACGCAGGCUAAAAGAAAUGGUUUGAGUGAUCUGGUUCAUUCGACUCCUCAUAAGAGAGUCCCAAAACUUGAAGAUACCACUUCAAAAAAAGUCUUUGCUGAAUUGUCCAACAAAACUGUUGAGAAGAAGUCAGAAAAUGAAUCGUCUUCUUCCUCUUCUAUAAAUAAAUCAGACACAUCUAAAAAGAGAGAAGAAUCUAAAGCUAGCUCAGAAAUUUUAACAAAGCCCAAACAUCACUUUAGAAGAGCUGAAAACAAAAAUCCCGAUAAUGGGGGGAGAAACAAAGACAAAGAAAACUUGCUGUCCUUACUGUCAAAUUCAAAUAGUCUUCCUCAACAACUAUUUAAAAUUCAGGCAACUGUGCCACAAACCACCGCCAUUGUUGUUGAUCCAGGAAACGACACUGUUCCCAGUAAUAUUCCCCUGGAUAAAGAAGCAAUCGAUGCUGCUAAAUCAGAAAAAGAGACAAACAAAUAUGAACAUCAAUCAAUUGAUGCCACGAGCAACGAGCAAGCAGUAUCAUUAUCUGAGGAUUCUUUUCCAAUGGCAACUACUAUCAUGAUGUCUCUGUUACCAAGAAAAAGAAAAUGGCCUAGCUCUUUAAAAUCCUUGUUUUGCAUUAACUCGAUAGUGGAGAGUAAUAAAAUAGAAUAUGAAGAGUCUGGUGUUUGUGAUUUACAAAAGCUUCCUGAAAUAUCAACACAAUAUCGACUUAAAGAAAUAAACGGGUUUGGGGUCUUGUCCACAACGCAGUCACUUACUCCUGCAAAUCAACAGAUCUAUCAAAAAUUGGUUGCUACGGGACUAGAAUUGAGUUUGGAGUUCUGCAGAUACUUGGAAAUAUUAAAUGAGCGGUCCAUGAAACAAGACAUUAAGGAUUCAUUUCUGAUUCAAUUUGGUCGUAUUCAUUCAGGGUUGCCCUUCACAACAAAUCAUACUAAUAGUGACGCUACCAAAGAAGAGCUUUUGCACAUAGGUGAGUUAUUUGACGAAGUUUUCAACAAUAAUAAUACCGUUUGGAUUGCCAACAAAUUUGAGUAUAAUUCAUUUGGUCGAAAAUUCAGGAAGGCGAUUGUAGAGACGUUGGAAUCAGACUAUCAAAUCAGAAUAAGUCAUCGACGAGAUUUGUUUCCUCGACAAAUGAUAGCAGCUAGUUUAUUCCAAUGGAAGAAAAACAUACAUCUUCCUGAAUAA